AUGGGGCCUCCAAGCGACUCCUCUUCUAUCACUGUUGCUGUGAGAGUCAGACCGUUCACAAUCAGAGAGGCAGCGCAGAUCACAAAAUGUGAGGAUGGACCGCUGUUUCUUGGUGAUGGCUCUCUGGCGGGGGCACCAACCCCAAAGCUGAACCAGAAGGGCCUUCGAUCUAUUGUGAAGGUCAUUGAUGAUAGAUGCCUGGUAUUCGAUCCUCCGGAAGACAACCCUGUACACAAAUUCUCCAGGAGCGUUGUUCCCAACGGUAAACGUGUGAAAGACCAGACUUUCGCAUUCGACAAGAUUUUCGAUCAGAAUUCCGGCCAGGGGGAAGUUUACGAAUCGACGACAAGAAGCCUCCUCGAUAGCGUCCUUGACGGAUACAAUGCCACUGUCUUUGCUUAUGGAGCGACCGGGUGUGGAAAGACACACACUAUUACUGGCACCCCGCAACAGCCAGGUAUAAUCUUUCUUACUAUGCAGGAGCUAUUUGAGCGUAUCGGGGAAAGAUCCGGGGAGAAGCACACAGAACUAUCUCUUUCGUUCCUCGAAAUCUACAACGAAACCAUUCGCGAUCUGCUUGCUCCUGGCGGCACAAAGGGCGGCCUGUCCUUGCGAGAAGAUACAAACAAAGCAGUAUCGGUGUCCGGAUUGUCGAGCCAUAGCCCGAAAUCUGUACAGGAAGUUAUGGAUAUGAUCAUGAAGGGAAACGCCAGUCGGACAAUGUCCCCAACAGAGGCAAAUGCCACUUCUUCUCGAUCCCAUGCAGUUCUUCAAAUCAACAUUGCACAGAAGGACAGGAAUGCCGACAUCAACGAACCACAUACAAUGGCAACAUUCAGCAUCAUCGACUUGGCUGGGAGCGAGCGUGCGAGCGCAACAAAAAACAGGGGAGAACGGCUUUUCGAAGGUGCAAACAUCAACAAAUCUCUUCUCGCCCUCGGUAGCUGCAUAAAUGCACUCUGUGAUCCACGCAAACGAAACCAUGUCCCUUAUCGAAACUCGAAACUGACACGGCUCCUCAAGUUUUCACUUGGCGGAAACUGUAAGACGGUCAUGAUCGUCUGUGUUAGUCCUUCGAGCCAGCAUUUUGAUGAGACUCAAAACACAUUGCGCUAUGCCAAUCGGGCGAAGAACAUCCAAACGAAAGUCACGCGGAAUGUUUUCAACGUUAAUCGCCACGUUAAGGAUUUCCUCGUGAAGAUCGAUGAACAAAUGGCAUUGAUCAAUGAGCUCAAAGCACAGCAGAAGGAAUCUGAAAAGGUCGCUUUUGCCAAAUUCAGAAAACAAACGGAAAAGAAGGAUGCUGCUGUUCGGGAGGGACUUGUCCGAAUUCGGAACGCCUAUGAUCACUCGCUGCCGGAAAGACAAGAGAGAACUAACCACAUGAUAAAAUUGAAGCAGGUUAGCCGCAGGAUCGGCCUACUAUCGUCAUGGAUUGCAGCUUUCGAUAACGUUUGCGCCAAUUCUGAAAACGAGGUGCCGUUGCCUAACCUUCAAGCUAUUCGGAGAACAGCCCAAGGGAUCCUGUUGGAACUGGAAGGGAGUCGGCAACACUAUCAUCAGCGUUUAGCGAAGAGUGUUUGGGAGCGUGGUAUGACUUCUGCCGUCGAAAACGCCGUCCAGCAGCUUCAGGAAUUCGAAACUAGCGAUAAAAGUGACAUUACCAACCUUCGGCGCGAGGCGGAGCUAUUGAGGUCAAAUACCGAGCGAGAAGCUCUUUCAGCAGUAGCAGAACAUGACAAGGGAGGAGAAGCUGCCACAGUACAGGUGUUAUUGCAGGCGCACUUUGAGAUAGCUUCUUCAAUCGACGACAUCAUGCACCUUAGCGAGGAGGAGGCAGUGGAAUUGGGAAAGCGAAGUCUGACCAAGAUGCUGGAUUCAUGCUAUGCCGUAACCUCAAACGUCGUCAAACCAGAUGGCAACUUGCCUACAAUGCCAGCUAGCCCUACUAAAGCUUCGCCGUCGAAACAAAAGAAGAGGCUGAGUCUAGCAAUUGUGCCCCCAGGAAAGGGCAUGAAUGCCGCAGUUGCCUUGCACCCAACAGCUCCGGUCUCACCGACGAGAGGAUCUCCUCGCCGUCGUAAGAUGGGCAGCGGACGGAAGAGCGUCAGUUUCUCGCCGAAGAAGGUACAAGCAAAACCACCAAAGCGGAGUGUUCGGUGGAAGGAUGACGAGCAAGAUGGCACAUUGACUGAGAUCCAGAAAACACCACAAAAGCGGGAAGCCACCCCGGUUCCUCGAAGUGAAAGUCCUGGAGAGCCCACACUCCCAAGAUCAUCUCCAAUCCCACGUGGCAUCCCAGUGCCAACUCGAAGUUUCAGUCCUGCAGGUGGCUCAUCGCCGAUCCCGACGCCCACAGACCAACCCCUAAGUAUUCCAAAGAAUAAUAGAUUCAAGACCGGAUUUCUAUCCAAAAAGGCUGGCAGCUCCCCGAUCCCUGCGCCUCCCACGACAUCCCUUCCCCAUUCUGACCAGGGCACUCCUCUGCGUGACAUUGAGAACAGCAGUUUCUUGAAUCGCGCAUCCGCAGAGCGACCAUCUCGAAUUGCGGUCAGGAGUUCAAGCGGAAAUUUCUCUUCUUCCCCUGUACCUGAGCCUCCUAAGGGUGAAUGGAAAGCAAGCAAGGAUGAUGUGAGAAGGAUUAGCACCGCCAUGAGACGGAUCUCAGUCGGGUCAUUCGGUCCCGGUACAUCUGCAACUGCUAUUCGCGCCCAGCGUCGCCGAAGUCCGUCAUCGACGACUUACGGUAGCUCUCCGCCGGAGAACACGAUGUUCACGGCACAGGCAAGGCGGAUGGCUAAGGGUGACAAGGAGGCCGAGAACAAGCGAUCAUCGGUCUUGGGCCCUCGAAGCCUUCCAAUCAAGAAGAACACGAGUCAGAGGCGCACGACAUUUGGCGGAGACAUUCGUCCUCGAGACUUUAGCUUCUCAGGCCGAGACACAUCUCGGUUGAGUGCUAUCGGCGGUUGGUGA